AUACUGUGGGCGUACUGUAGGUGAACGUUACUGUCAGCUGACCAGCAACAUCCCUGGCUGUCACAACAUACUUGAUACUGAAUCUGUCUACAUGCGGCUAAGCUAAGCAGAAGCAACUACCACAUCACAUCUAUGUGAUUUCGGUGGUAUGUUUUCCAGAGCAAAACCUGCCGAAGGAGGUCUCUAUGGCGGCAGAGAUGCACCCCACACCACAGACUCGGAAGCCUGUUCUGCAGAGCACAAUCGAGGCUUUCCAAGAUGUAGUGAGCACAGCGGUAAUCAUCCCGAAGGAAGACGGGGUUAUCAGCGUUUCUGAGGACAGAACUAUCAGAAUAUGGUUGAAGAGAGACAGUGGCCAGUACUGGCCUAGUGUGUACCAGACAAUGCCAACCUCCUGUUCCUGUAUGUCCUUUAACCCAGAGACCAGGAGGCUGUCGGUGGGACUGGACACAGGAGCCGUGACUGAGUUCGUUCUAUCAGAGGACUAUAACGAGAUGACCCCAGCGAGGAAGUACCAGGCCCACCAGGGCCGGGUGACGGUGGUUCUGUUUGUCCUGGAGAUGGAGUGGGUCUUGAGCACGGGCCAGGAUAAGGUCUUCACCUGGCACUGCUCUGAGAGCGGACAACAACUGGGCAGCUACAGGACCCCUGCCUGGGUCUCUGGUCUGCAGUUUGACGUGGAGACCAGGCAUGCGUUCGUGGGCGACCAGUCAGGUCAGGUGACCAUCCUGAAGCUGGAGCAGGACAGCUGCAGCCUGGUCACCACCUUCAAAGGACACACAGGCAGUGUGACGGCCCUGUGCUGGGACCCGGUCCAGAGGGUGCUGUUCUCCGGCAGCUCAGACCACUCCAUCAUUAUGUGGGACAUCGGGGGGCGCAAGGGCACCGCCAUCGAGCUGCAGGGCCACCAUGAGAAGGUGCAGGGGUUGUGUUACGCUCCACACACACGCCAGCUGAUCUCCUGCAGCUCCGACGGAGGCAUCGUCAUCUGGAACAUGGACGUUAACCGACAAGAGACUCCAGAGUGGCUGGACAGCGACUCGUGUCAGAAGUGUGAGCAGCCGUUCUUCUGGAACUUCAAGCAGAUGUGGGACAGCAAGAAGAUAGGCCUGCGCCAGCACCACUGCAGGAAGUGUGGGCAGGCCGUGUGUGGGAAGUGCUCCUCCAGACGCUCCACCAUCCCUCUCAUGGGUUUUGAGUUCGAGGUGCGCGUGUGUGACAGCUGCUAUGAGUCCAUCACCGAUGAGGACCGAGCGCCCACCGCUACGUUCCAUGACAGCAAGCACAGCAUCGUCUACCUGCACUACGAGCCCACCAGAGGCUGCCUGCUGACCUCUGGGACCGACAGGGUUAUCAAGUUGUGGGACAUGACUCCUGUGGUGUCCUGAGAAAUUACAAGGCAGGCUGGAGCUAGAACCUUCCGCUCACCGUGAACCACCUCAUCGAGAGAGAGAGAGAGAGAGAGAGAGAGAGAGAGAGAGAGAGAGAGAGACAGAGAGAGACAGAGAGAGAGAGACAGAGACAGACAGAGACAGACAGACAGAGACAGAGAGAGAGACAGAGAGAGAGACAGAGAGAGAGAGAGAGAGAGAGAGAGAGAGAGAGAGAGAGAGGGGGGAGCUGGGACACCUACAUAGCUGGGCAGCUUAUUCAAGCCUCUAGGAGCCUCCCUAACAACAACUGAUCAACACUGACUGAACGUAAACAGAAUCGGAGUCUGCUGGCGUCACAGGGAGAGUCAUGAUAUGGACCGUUCUGUGGAUGUGGGCAGGGGAGGUUUGUGAGAUGUGUACCGUUAUUGUCUGCUAGUAUCUUACCACCUGUUCUCUCUCAUUUUGUCAUUUUGCAUAUCAUAUAUUAAUGUGUCUCGCGGUAAACCAACCUUUCUAUAUCAAAUUUGUAUCAAAACAAAUAGUUGGACAUUUGUUGUGCACUUCGGAUCUCUUGUCUCGAUUGAUUAUGUCUAAAAUCUGAAUGAAAGGGAAACUAGCAUAUCCUGAUGACCACUAGUUUGUCUUAAAAACAUUUAAGAGUCAUAUGGAAGUGCCUUUUCCUCUUUUGUCCCAUACGACCACAGAGGAUAAAACACUCAUUAGCUAUAGAGUCAUUUCAAAACGUGGAUAUUGAUUCCAACUAUUUAUUUGAAUUAAAUCAUACUUCUGAUUUUGGAUUGACAUUUACAUAGUUAUCUACUUCAAUGGUUAUUCUACAUUGUGGAUGUUAGGUUGGUUUAUCUGCUGUACUCUGGGCCAACCACUAGAGAGCGGUCUCCGUGUUUAUCCAGUUUGUUUUGGGUUAGUGCCAGCUUACAGAUAGUGGUAUGAAACUGUAAUAAAGGUUACAGUUGACCACACUGGUAAAAAAAUAAAUUAAAAAAAAUCCAGAUUGAAUGCAAAUCAUGUGGGAAAAGUU